CAGAAAAUGGCCGGAAGUUGACUGGCGUGUUCUGUGAACGAUCUCAACGAUCUCCUCGUUGUUUUGACGAAUAUUGUCUCUCUUUUUUUCAAUGACUAUGUUUCACGGAAACAUUUGUUACAGCUUAUGAGGAACUAUACUCCAGGGAAAUAUUACCUUCUUUAGAGAAAACAAUCACGAUGAAUCCCUUCUGUAUACCACCCGAGAUGAUAACAACUCCUCCAGAAGACCACUUAAAAAAAGCCAUAUACGUGAAACACUUCAACAUUAUCGGCAGUCGGGUGAGACCGCAAAUGACGUACAACAAAGUGGGUGGCGGCAACCUCUUCUUGGAAUACCUCAUGCGAAUGUCUGUGCAAGGUCCACAAGGGGUCGACAAGCUAAUGACAGUGGGCUUUCGUCCCGAAAGAGGCACAGACAAAGACUGCUCGGAAAGCAUCUUAAAAAGAGGUAUUCUCUUUAGUGGCGAGAUCUACCGCUUCCUGGGCCACUCCAACUCUCAACUCAAGGAAAGAACUUGUUUUCUAAUGAAUGAAUCGGAUGAGCGCAUUUAUGAGCUGCUUGCGCAGUUUGGCGAGUUUUCUCAAAUCAAGACAACCGCUAAGCGCGCCAAGAGAAUUGGACUCUUGUUCUCGUCGUUUGACCAAAGCAUUAAUCUACAAGAAAACCAGUUCGGUGUCAUCGAUGACAUCAAGGUCAGAAAAUACACCUUUACCGACGGAUGCGGUUUUAUGUCAGAUUCAUUUGCCCAAGAAAUACAAGAUGUUGACCGUGGUCUUGAAAGCAAACCUAGCGUGGUACAAGUCAGGUAUCAGGGUUAUAAAGGUGUCCUCAUCCUAAAUCCCCACUUAGAAGACGGCGUUAAGGUUCAAUUCCGCAAUUCAAUGAAGAAGUUUAGUAUCCCGGAUGAACGAUUACGCACGAGUUGUACCACGUUUGGCGUCGUAAAGUGUUCUCGGCCAUACACUAUUGGCUACCUUAACAAGCAGAUUACCAUGUUGUUGGCCGACAGUGGAGUCAAACACAGUUACCUGAGACAGCUUCAGAAUAAUUUCCAUUACAUGCUUCGAGAGCUCUGCAGCGAUAGACAGUCUGCCGAGUCAUAUCUAUGUAUCAAAGGAGAGAGAAAAUUACUCGGUUGGCUGCAUGACUUCGGACUGGGAAGUCCUCGCCUUCAAAGACAACUCAAAGCUCUUCGUGCAAAGGAAGUUCGCAAGAUGCAGAAAGAAAAAGCAGAUGAAGAUGAAUCCAGCUUGACACAGACUUUAAAAUGUAAACUUCGGGUUCUAGUUCCAAAGUCGAGGGUAGUGUUCGGUGCGUGUGAUCCGUUCCAAACGCUCGAGUACGGCCAGUGCGUUUUUCAACCCACUCUCUUUGACGAGGAGCAGAUGGAGGAGUUUCAAGGGGCUGAAGAAGUAAUAGUCGUGCGAAAUCCAUGCUAUCAUCCGGGUGACAUCCGCACUCUGAAGCUUAUCAAGAACAAACCAGAGUACGCGUAUCUUAGCGAUUGUAUCGUGUUUCCGACGAAGGGGAGCCGACCACACGCCGACGAAUCUGCGGGAGGUGAUCUUGAUGGCGAUGAAUUCUUCGUUAGCUGGGAUAAGAAUCUGAUUCCGUCGUGGCGUAGUGCACCGUUUGACUACUCAAGUAACAGUCCGCUUGUUAUGAUCUCCAACGCGUUCAGCCAGUUAGGACAGUGGACUAGUUCCCUUCAGCAACGUGUUUCUUGUUGGGGUUAUAGUAAGAUGCCAUCUGUGUUUGGCACAGCUGAAGAGGCCGAGAAGAAAAAGAAGUUGAAGGAACGAACGCACAUGCUUGAAUACUUCAGCACAUACAAUAAUGAUUUAGUGGCGCGUGUCGACGCUAUAUUCAUGAAGUAUGCUGCCCUGUAUGGUCCGUCUUGCCAAGAAUGCGUUAAUCUGAACAGGUGAACAAUCCCAAAUAGUAUGAUAGUCUUUCAAAACCAUCUUUCCUCGCAGCAGUUUUUAAGGAAAGUAUUGUAUUUUUUUUUUCUUUUCACGAAUGAAUUGACUGAACCUUGAAAUCCUUAAAAAAAUGCUACAGCUACUAGGUUUCACAACUUUACAAAAUGCUGUAACUCUCAGAAGUCAGUAAACACCUAAUUU